UCGAGGACGAGGAAUUUUCCCCUGCAUCGCGAAACAGAGAGUUGAGGGUCAUUGGAUCUUACGUCGACCGUCCCUUCUCCUCCAUCCAACGGAGAUUAUCUCUCUCUCCCUCUUCAAAAAAAAAAAAAAAAAAAUCUCUCUCCUCUCUUCCUCCGCUUCCGGUCACCUUCCCUUCUAAAAUUUUCUCCCAUCCACAGAAAACAGACCGACCGUCGUUUACCGUUCUUUUAUUAGCCCCGCCCAAGCGCUAAUCCGCUUCCGCUUCCGAUUUGCGAGUCUGUUCCUCUCCUUCCCCAAUUUGGUUUCUCUCUGGUUAUGUUAGGGUUUCGAUUAACACCAUGUCGUCGAUGAUUGAGACCCUGAGGCCGGUUUCGCACUCCAGGUGGUUCCACGCCGACUCCGAUUGUAAAUAUCGUUAUCCUCCUCCUUCUCACUGCCGCGGCUCUUUCCCGUUCCGCGCCCAUUCUAGGGUUCCUCACCGGGAUCCGCUGCGGUUCCCUCGUCCCGUGAACGUGCUCAAUGAAUCUCGUCUGCCCUGCGGAGCUCUGCGAGGUUCUAAUAAUCUAUGGGGAAGUGGGGUUUGGAGGAGUUGCAGGUUGAGAGAGCACAGAAUAUUGGCGAAAUGUCAGGACGGGGAUUCGACGACGAGCUCGAGCGAGCCAAGGGCGGAGACCGAAGGGCAGCAGGUUAGCAGCACGAACACGCCCAACACGGGUCCAAAGCAGAAGAGGGAGAAGCAAGGGAAAGGUGAGUGGUGGUGGUGGUCGAAGCGGCAGAAUUGGAAAUGGCAGCCUUUAAUUCAAGCUCAGGAGGUCGGGGUCUUGCUUUUGCAAUUAGGGAUUGUAAUGUUUGUUAUGCGGUUGCUGCGGCCUGGGAUUCCGCUGCCAGGGUCGGAGCCAAGACCGCCGACGACGUUCGUUAGUGUACCGUACAGUGAUUUUGUGAGCAAGAUUAAUAGCAACAAGGUGCAGAAAGUGGAGGUUGAUGGCGUCCACAUCAUGUUCAAACUGAAAAACGAGGCGGCCGGAAAUCAGGAGACAGCUGAAGUGGUUGAUGGUAGGUGGCAGGAGUCGGAGCAAUUGUUAAGGAGCGUCGCGCCAACCACGAGGAGGAUUGUGUACACGACUACUAGACCCAGUGAUAUCAAGACUCCAUACGAGAAGAUGCUUGAAAACCAGGUGGAGUUUGGAUCGCCUGAUAAGAGGUCUGGUGGAUUUUUCAACUCAGCUUUGGUGAGUAAGUGCUUGGUUGUGGCUGUGAGUUGUGACAAGCUUUUAUUAUUUAGAAAAACCACGGGGUAGUACUGCUUAAUAAGUGACUAUCAAAUAUAAUCCUUUAACGGGAUUGCUUGCUGAAAUUUGUUCACGUGGUCAUGCUUUGCAAUGCAAGUAAUUGCAUGUGCGGCUGUUCUUCAUGCUGAAACAUAGAUUGCUUUGUUCUAUGUGGCUGUGCUUGCUGGACUUCUCCAUAGAUUCCCUGUUAGCUUUUCUCAGCAUUCGGCUGGUCAGAUUAGGAACCGCAAGUCUGGUAGUUCUGGAGGUACAAAAGUUGCUGAGCAAGGAGAUGCAAUCACUUUUGCUGAUGUUGCUGGCGUUGAUGAAGCUAAGGAAGAGUUAGAAGAAAUAGUGGAAUUUCUCAGGAACCCAGACAGGUACAUAAAACUUGGUGCUCGUCCUCCUCGGGGUGUUCUUCUGGUUGGUCUUCCUGGUACAGGCAAGACCCUUUUGGCAAAGGCUGUUGCCGGGGAAGCUGAUGUCCCUUUCAUUAGUUGCUCAGCUAGUGAGUUUGUAGAGUUAUAUGUCGGAAUGGGUGCUUCACGUGUAAGAGACCUGUUUGCACGAGCAAAGAAGGAGGCACCAUCAAUUAUAUUUAUUGAUGAGAUAGAUGCGGUGGCGAAAAGUCGUGAUGGGAAGUUUCGCAUUGUUAGCAAUGAUGAGCGGGAGCAAACUUUGAACCAGUUGCUUACUGAGAUGGAUGGAUUUGAUAGCAACUCUGCAGUAAUAGUUCUCGGAGCAACAAAUCGCGCUGAUGUUUUAGAUCCUGCUCUUCGGAGACCCGGAAGAUUUGAUCGUGUAGUUACGGUGGAAGCCCCUGACAGGAAAGGAAGAGAGGCCAUUUUGAAAGUGCAUGCCUUAAAGAAGGAGCUUCCUUUAGGAAAGGAUGUCGACCUUAGUGGUAUCGCUUCAAUGACCACUGGCUUUACUGGGGCUGAUCUUGCAAAUCUUGUAAAUGAAGCUGCUCUAUUGGCUGGAAGGAAAAGCAAAACCUUGGUAGAGAAAAUUGAUUUCAUUCAAGCCGUAGAACGGUCUUUAGCUGGCAUAGAGAAGAAGACGGCCAAACUGCAAGGAAGUGAGAGGGCUGUCGUUGCACGCCAUGAAGCAGGUCAUGCAGUAGUUGGCACUGCUGUUGCUAGCCUCCUCCCUGGACAACCACGUGUGGAGAAGCUAAGCAUACUACCAAGGACGGGAGGUGCAUUGGGGUUUACUUAUACACCACCAACAACUGAGGACAGAUAUUUACUUUUCAUCGAUGAGUUACGGGGCCGUUUGGUCACCCUUCUUGGAGGGCGUGCAGCAGAAGACGUGGUGUACUCAGGCCGUGUGUCCACCGGUGCACUAGAUGAUAUUAGACGAGCUACAGACAUGGCGUACAAGGCAAUAGCGGAAUAUGGUCUCAGUCGGACCAUAGGUCCUGUAUCUGUUGGAACACUUUCUGGAGGUGGGAUGGAUGAGUCUGGAGGUAGUCCAUGGGGAAGGGAACAGGGCCAUCUUGUUGAUCUAGUUCAAAGGGAGGUGAAGGAAAUGCUACAAUCUGCAAUGGAAGUGGCACUCUGUGUCGUUCGUGCUAAUCCUACUGUCUUGGAAGGACUUGGUGCUCAUCUUGAAGAGAAAGAGAAAGUAGAAGGAGAAGAGCUGCAAGAGUGGCUGAAAUUGGUAGUUGCUCCAGAGGAGCUAGCUUCUUUUGUCCGAGGCCAGCAGCAAGCAUCUUUCCUCCCGCUCCCUCUACCUCUCCCUGCACAGGCGGCAGGUUCAUGACAGACUUAAGAUUGGCAACACAGCGAUGGAAUGGGGUUAGAAAUCAUUGACCCUAGCUUGUAAAAUUGAUGCCAACACGACGAUGGGGCAGGUACAGAGAUCAGCCUGAAGCCACCCUAAAAUUUGUAUACAUUCGUUCAAACUGCACUGGAGUUUUGGCUCUCAGUCUUUUUAACAUAUACUUGGCCCAAGCCAGAAAGGAAGAAGAAUCCAGCUACACGCACAUUCACUGGUGAGUGUUGCGGCCAUAAUGUUAUGAACACCAUGUUCAUUUAGCCUAGCAAGUCAGUGGGUUGGCCGGGGUGUUUCGUUUAGUCAGAGUACAUUACGUUGCAGCCUUUCGAGUCCUCAUUUAUCUGUUGAGGCAUUGCAAACUCGUGUAUUCAUCUGUAUACAUGAUUAUUACUCGUCUGAGAAAAAAAUCUUAUAGCAUGUACACUAAGCGAUAUUUUGUUUGUAAAUAAGACGAAUUAUUUUCUUGGUCGGUUUACAUUACAGGUCUAAACAAAAAGGGAUGCUUCUCUGCACUUGAUAUAAUCUAAUGUUACUCAGGUCGAUGCAAAUGCUAGGGGUUGGCG